AUGAAGAAAUCAUCCUCGACUCUAGGUUAUCAUUCCCCCACGCAAUUCACAGCGAGUGAAAUUCGUCAUGUUGUUAAAGUUUAUUUCCCUCAAACAUCGCAUUUCGGAUUAGCACACACAUGUAGCGCCUGCAUAGCCGAUGACUUCCUAGACGAUUGCGCGAUCGCUGCAGGAUGCGGAUCCAAUGGCGCAGGAUGCGGUUAUCCAGGUGCACCGGCACAUAGUAGCGUGCGUUUCACCAUCAGAGAUAGCGACGACGUCAUAGACGAGGAGGAGGAACUCCUUAAGGAAACCACGCUGCCGCUGGGCACUAUAGCUACAUAUUCCUGUGAACGUGGAUUCGAGCUUUUAGGACCAGCGAGGAGAGAAUGCCAAGUCGGAGGCUCUUGGAUGCCGGAAGGCGUACCCUUCUGCGUUCUGAACGUGGCAGGCGGCAAAGCGCCGAUGCAGUCCAGCACCUCGAAAGCUGGCGGAAUUCCGCAACGUGCGGUUGACGGAAGCAGCAGCCAGAGAUUCACGCUGCAAACUUGCACCCUGACGAUGCCCGAACGCAAACCGUGGUGGUACGUGAACCUGUUGGAACCGUACAUGGUGCAGCUGGUGCGACUGGACUUUGGCAAGCCGUGCUGCGGCAACAACAUUUCUGGCACCAUCAUCGUUCGAGUUGGUAACAAUCGACCAGACUUAGCAACGAAUCCCGUUUGCAAUCAAUUUACCGGAUCUUUAGAGGAAGGACAGCCCCUCUUUUUGCCUUGUAACCCACCGAUGCCCGGAGCUUUUGUUUCGGUGCAUCUGGAAGUUUCAAAGUUUGCCGAUGUUCCCGUACAGUUGUCUUUGUGUGAGGCGUUUGUCUAUACCGAUCAGGCCUUGCCAAUUGAGAGGUGCCCUCAAUUCAGAGACCAACCGCCAGGAUCAACGGCAACUUACAACGGCAAAUGUUACAUAUUUUACAAUCGCCAUCCGUUGAUAUUCAGGGAAGCUCUGUCAUUCUGCCGUACGCGAGGUGGUACUCUCGUAGAUGAGAGUAAUCCAGCUCUGCAAGGAUUCAUUUCCUGGGAACUAUGGAGGCGACACAGGAGCGACACGUCCAAUCAGUAUUGGAUGGGCGCAAUUAGAGACCCGAAAGAUCGGACGUUAUGGAGAUGGACCGGAAGUGGUGAGGAGGUGUCUGUUUCGUUCUGGAGUUUACCACAAGGUACUGAAGAAGAUUGUGCUCGAUACGAUGGCAGUAGAGGCUGGCUUUGGUCCGAUACACCUUGCUCAUCCCGGCUUAAUUUCAUCUGUCAACAUCAACCACAAGCUUGUGGCAGACCCGAACAGCCACCAAAUUCCACGAUGAUGGUGAUCUCCGAUUCGACUGGAACCUCGGGCAAUGUUUAUGAAGUCGGGGCAACCGUGGAGUACGAGUGUGACAGCGGUAGUCUCCUAGUCGGACCACUAAAUCGCACUUGCCUUGACACCGGUUUCUACAACGAGUUUCCACCGGUGUGCAAAUAUAUCAAUUGCAACUAUCCCGCGAAUAUAAAAUACGGUAGUUACAUACUAAUCAACGAAACCACUACUUAUCUCAGCCAAGUACAGUAUACCUGUAAUGACGGUUAUGAGAUGACCGGACGGGCUCGACUAAUUUGCGACGUCGACGAACGUUGGAAUGGUCCACCGCCACGAUGCGAGCCGAUUCUCUGCGAUCCACCGACUAUAGUUGCGCACAGUUCUAUUGAGGUAGAGCGUGAAAGUGUCGUGGUGAGGAAUACCUUCAAUCAAAGUCUAUGGGUUAAUAGCAUCGUCACGUACACAUGUGAAAAGGGUUAUCGGCUCGUUGGUUCCCGACAAAUAACGUGUUUAAGUACUGGAUCAUACGAUCGCGCUGCCCCCACUUGCAUAGAGGAAUUACGAACAACCUUAAGUUCUCCUACUCGAGCAACAGUACGUCCGUCCACUCCAAAAGUUCGGACGUACCUCACUCCGAGGACCAGGACCACGGCGAGUGCAGCAACCACCAGUACGACUCCUUUACCGUCUCGGAAUGUACCAAACACCGCGGAACUCCCAGCGACGGUGAGGGAGACUGUCUCGAGAAGGCCGAGCAUCGGCCUAAAUAGACCCGCGACUCCUUUGUCGGCGCUGAAUGACGCUGGCAGCGAUCAUCCACAGGACAAUGAGAUAUCCGGAAGUGGCGUAGAUCACGCACAAGCGGGAAUCGGCGCGGGUAUACCGGAACCGUCUGGUCCCUUCCGAGUAGACAGCGCUGAGCAACCCAGCGGCACCCAUCAAGCCAAAUUGAACUUGGGAGCUGUGAUCGCUCUGGGAGUGUUCGGCGGUUUUGUAUUCCUCGCCGCCGUGAUCACAACAGUCGUUAUACUCAUACGCAGAAAUCGCGGAAGAAGCAGCAAACAUUAUCGUCACCGUGCAUCGCCCGAUUGCAACACUGUCGCCAGUUUCGAUAGCAGUUCCUCGGAGAGUCGAGGAGGUCUGAAUAGAUAUUAUCGCCAAGCCUGGGAAAAUCUGCACGAAACCACCGGUCACAAGUCUGGUCAUCCACCACUUCGUCGCAAGGAGACCCUAGAUGAACCAGGAUACCGAGAGAACUUCCGUGGUAAUAACACUGAACGCGACGGCUCGGAAUUAGUUGUUAGCGACGUCGCUGCAUAUCCAUCAAGCAAACACGCCAGUGUCUCCGAUAAGAAGCGUCAUCAUCAUCACCAUCAUCAUCAUCAUGGAAGCGCAACGCCUGAAUGGAGACAGUCGCAAUCCCAUCAUAGAUAUUAAACAGAGAGCAAAAUGGGAAAAAUCUUUAUACUUACUAUGUUAUCAUCUGCAAUUAUCUGGACGAUGAUUUGUAGAGUAUUCGUAGUGAACGUUGAUAACUGUCACGAGUUGAAAGAUCUUCCUUAAAUGAGGGAGCACAGCAAAUCUUCCGCUAGCACAUAAGUAGUACCCAGAUAUUGUCUUACAAGAAACAGAGAUGGAUAAUAAUCCGAAUAGAUCCUACAUGUAUUAUUCUGUUACGUUAUAAAUCAUUUACCGUUAUUAUGUUACAGAAUGUAAAUAUUAUGCACUAUAGCUUAAAAAUAAGAAUGCAGAUGCAGAGAUAGUCGUUCGUCGUAAGAAAGGUAGUAGAAGCUGGUCAGAGGAUAUGCCAAAAAGCAAAAAAAUAUUAUAUAAAGACGAUCAAAUAGAGAUGCAAGUAACAUUGUUACGUUUAACAAUAAGUUAUUCUAAGAUCAAGGAUUUACGUAAUCAUUUACAUAAAAAUACUUGUCUAAGAGAGCGUCACACUUGACACUAACAACGCUUACGGAAUUAUUCCAUCUUUGUUGUUUAUCAAACGUUAAAUUAGGACAAAUAAUGCUUGCGAGCGUUGCGAGCGCCAAAUGAAACACAGCCUAAGAAGACGCCGGAUAUCGGCAGAAUGUACCUACAUCUGUUAUGGGUACCUUGGCCUCGCUUUAAAUGGAUUACUAUAUGUUUCCCAAAAACGGAAUAUAGAUAUCAUUAAGCGAAGGCCGAUGUUAUCCAUUUAGGAAUAGGACAAAUAUCGUGUUGUGCACGUGUACAAGUUGCAUAUUUACUUACGCG